GGGAGGAGGAGGCGAUGAAGGCAGAAAGUCCAGCCCAUCGUAGAGGACACAGCGGCUGAGCAGCAGCAGUCCCACAACAUGAGGUCCUCCAGAGCUCUGACUGACUGACUGACUGACUGAGCAGCAUCACAACCGGGCAACUUGAGGGAAAGAUCCACCACGGCAAAGAGCUUCCAUCAAACUUCUGCAGCCUGGCGGAAGGCGGAAGAAGCUUGCAGUUUGGUAGACUCUGAUCUUGAGGGUUACUGAAGAAGAACAGUAUCUGUGAAGGACCCAUCUUUAAGAAAACAUUCUCCGACCUUAGGAUCCGUCUGUUACAGAUGUAUGGACCCCCCCAGGACCUUCAAGCUACAUCAAAGCUUUGCUCCUAUCCGGGUUCCUGCCCUUUGGUCACCUACAGUGUGAAUUUCCAGCUGCUGAGGAGAGGCUGACGGGGCUGAGCACUUCAACACAGCAGCAGCUGGUGGAGGGAGGAUUGUUGGAGACGGCUUCAACACAACAAUGACAAGCAGAAGCUGCACAUGAAAGAAAGCAUUCAUCUUUGUUCAGGACACGGAUCACGCUCUCCAGCAUGAAUGGGUGGGGGGUGGCUUCCUUAGCAGAGCCAGCGUCCUAAAAACUGAGGCAAAUCUUUAAAGGGGCUACCUCCAAAGACCAAAUCCAGACCAGUGAAGGCAAAGCUUUGGCAUUAAGGAGGGAGUUUUGUCUCCAUCGAGGACCUGAUGGCUACGCCCAUUGACCAUAGAUGGGCGGGGACAUCGACAGGCGCCCUUUCCUUCAAACUGCAGGCCUUUUGUAAAACACACGUCUACAGCGCAGAUCUCCAUGACAACAUGGGCAACAUGACUGAGUUUGACACCAAUGACCCUUUCAACAGUGACGCAGCAACCUCAGAGACCAUUAAACCAAACACCUUCCAGGUUUCUCUUACAGGUUUUCUGAUUCUGGAGAUCGUACUGGGCCUAAGCUCUAACCUCACCGUACUGGUUCUGUACUGUCUCCAACAGAACCUUGUCAGUUCUGUCUCCAACAUCAUCACCAUGAACCUGCAUGUGCUAGAUAUGCUGGUGUGCAUCUGCUGCAUCCCGCUGACUGUGGUGAUGAUUCUCCUUCCUUUGGAGGUGGGCAAAGACACCAUCUGCUGCUUCCAUGAGGCAUGCAUCUCAUUUGCGAGUGUUGCGACAGCAGCCAACGUGCUGGCCAUCACCGUGGACCGCUACGACAUCUCUGUGCGGCCUGCCAACCGCGUCCUAACGAUCGGCCGAGCGGUGGCUCUGCUGGGAAUCAUCUGGUCUCUUUCAUUCUUCAGCUUUUUGGUUCCGUUCAUGGAGGUGGGCUUCUUCAUAGGUUCCGGAGUAAACCUCCAAAACCAGACUGUGGUGGUGGCUGUAAAUCAUCCAAACAAAUACUAUACCGGUCUAUACUAUCACCUACUUGCACAGAUCCCAAUUUUUUUCUUCACAGCCAUGGCGAUGUUAGUAACUUACUACAAGAUCCUUCGAGCUUUGAACAUUCGCAUUGGAACGCACUUUCAACAUAACUUAAGGAAAAAGAAGAAAAAGAGUAAAAACGCCGUGCCCCUGAGCACUGCCUCACAGGCAGACCCCACAGUCUGCGGCAGCACAGGGGUCAGGGCAGAAGCAAGCGCUCCUUUAGGGAUGCAAACAUCUGUGUCCGUCAUCAUCGCGCUCAGACGAGCCAUGAGACGCCAUCAUGAGAGAAGAGAGAGGCAGAGACGAGUCUUCAGGAUGGCCCUGUUGAUCAUCUCCACCUUCCUUCUAUGCUGGACUCCAAUCACUCUGCUCAACAUCUUCAUCCUGAGCACUGGACCCAGCGACCUGAGCAGUCACCUGCGCUUGGCCUUUUUGGUAAUGGCUUACGGGACCACCAUCUUUCAUCCGCUUCUUUAUGCCUUCACCAGGCAGAAGCUCCAAAAGGUACUGAAAAGCAAAAUGAAGAGGGUGGUCUCUGCUGAUGAAGACGAGCACGGAGCAGUUAAUCUGGUCAUGAGCGACGCCAGGACUAAAACCAGAAGACACAAGAAGUCGACUUCAAAAACCCAGAGGCCCGGCGCACAGGAUGCAGAGUGACGAGAUUCAUAAAUGUGUUGGAGUCCACACGAAGGGCAGUGAAAACUACAGCCACACUGCCAUCUGUUGACCAAUCCAACCAACACGAUGACAGCAAGAAGAGUUUUCAUUAAAUGUCUACAUUGUGCAACUUAUUCAAAGAAAAGCAGAUUAUUGGCCAAGGAAAGUUGUACCCAAAUCCAUCACAGAAACUAACCAGGCUGGGCAGGAGUUUCUGUUUCACACAACUGUUCAAAAAAGGAAUUUCAUUCCAACCGAGAAAGUUUUCUAACACAUACAAUAGUCCUUUGAGCCAUUUAUUGUUUGCUAUUGUCAUUAAAAAAGAACUAAAAGGGAAA